UGUGCGCAAGGUAGACAUUCGCACUGCACGCUUCUUAGUUGAGCACCUUGCUAGCGGCUGUGUAGAUCUAAUUCAUGAGAAAAAGAUAACUGAAAGUGAAUGACAAAGUGAUAUUGAAAAUGUUAUUUUUGUUCCUAUUAUCGUCUUUUGUUUUUAAAGGUAAUGCUGAUACAAUAGGCCUUAAUGUGUCAGCUGGCCCAAAACAAAACUACACAUUUCCAAAGGACUUCCUGUUUGGAGUGAGUACAGCUGCGUUACAAAUUGAAGGAGCGUGGGAUGCUGAUGGUAAAGGAGAAAGUAUAUGGGACCAUCUGGUGCACGUCCAAAAUCCCAAAUUUGCCAAAGAUGGUUCUACUCCGGACGUGGCAGCAGAUUCUUAUCACAACUACAAAAGAGACGCUGAAAUGGUCCACGAGUUGGGCGUUAACAUUUACAGGUUCUCCAUAUCUUGGCCACGGAUUAUGCCGAAGGGCUUAAAGAACGAUAUCAACCAGAAAGGCUUGGAGUACUAUAGAAACCUUUUGAUGGAGCUGGAAAAGUACAACGUCACUGCAAUGGUCGUGAUGUACCAUUGGGAUCUACCUCAGGCCCUCCAAGAGAUGGGUGGUUGGACGAAUGAAAACAUCGUGGACUAUUUCGCCGAUUACGCCAAAGUUUUGUACGAUAAUUAUGCCGAUAAAGUCAAAUACUGGGUGACGUUCAACGAGCCUAUGCAAGUCUGCCUCGAGGGCUACGGGAACACGUACCGAGCUCCGAAGUUGAACCAGACUGGUUUUGCUGACUACCUCUGCACUCACAAUCUGUUGAAGGCGCACGCUAAAGCCUAUCACAUUUACAAUACGACUUACCGGCCAACUUAUGGAGGACAAGUCGCCAUUUCUCUGGACUCCAACUGGGCGGAACCGAAGACGGAGUCAGCCAGCGACCGCGAAGCCGCUGAAAGAUAUUUACAGUUCCACUUAGGCUGGUACACCCACCCUAUCUACUCAGCCGAAGGGAACUACCCUGCAGAAAUGAUCAGGAUCAUCGAUGAGAAGAGCCGACAGCAAAACUUCAGCCAGUCCCGCCUGCCCAAAUUCACUCCGGAAGAAAUAGAAUAUAUCAAGGGAACUGGUGAUUUCUUCGGCCUGAAUCAUUAUACCACUUACUACUUGACGAUGGCCGAUAAGCAAGUAGGAGCCGUGCCGUCCCAUGCCAACGACUGUGGUAUAGUCAGAUUCCAAAAUCCAAAAUGGCCGUCCAAAUCUUCGUCGAAUUGGUUGAGGGUUGUACCAGUAGGCUUUCGUCGUCUCCUUAAAUGGGUGUCCAACGAAUACAACAACGUAUCCAUACUCGUUACUGAGAACGGCUUCGCUGACUUCAGUGGGGUCCAUGAUGCUGAGAGGGUCUCAUACUACGGCCACUACCUGAACGCCCUCCUCCACUCCAUGUACGAAGACAAGACCAACGUUAAGGGAUAUUGCGCUUGGAGUCUAAUGGACAACUGGGAAUGGGAUGAUGGUUUGACGUCCCGCUUCGGUCUUUUCCUGGUGGAUUUCAAGAGUCCCAACAAGACGAGAACUCCCAAAGACUCGGCCAAGAUGUACGCCAAAGUCAUCAAGUCGCGCAGCCUCCCCGAUAACUUCGACCCGACAGAUUUCUCCGCCUUCUCCAGUUCCAACGUCCUCCUUCCCUCUGUCCUCACAGUCGUAACCCUCCUGUCACUAACGUAACUUAGCUAUUAUAUUAAUAUUUAAUAUCCUUAUGUUUUAUUUCAAUUCGAUCCCUAAGCUAACUUAAGCUAGACGGCUUAAUACUCGACGGUUUUAAGUUUGCUGGCGCUGUCCCUCGCGACGUCCCUCUUGAGGCGGGCUUGGAUGGACGAGAAGGACUUGCCCUUGGUCUCCGGCAGCACGAGCAGCAUGAACAGGAGUCC